ACGCAGGAGAGCAGUAUUGUGUGUGUGUGUGUGUGUGUGUGCUCAGUGCUUCGGGCUGUGAAUCUUCGCUCUGCGCUUUCUCGCGCUCUCUCGCUCUCACACACACACACCGUGGCAGCGUACACAUGGUCACACGCGCGCACACACACCCACACACUAGCCGCCCGAUGCUGUGCGGACUGGGAGAGCGGCAGAAGCUCUGGACGGAGCUCCAGCACACACACAUGCUCCACCCGCUACCUGCAGACUCCCUUACAGCAUAGGAAAACACACACACACACACACACACACACACGCGGUGAUGGAAGCCAUGGAUUCUCUGGUGAACGAUACAGACGGGCUGGAGAAUAAUUCCAUGAAGUACGGCAGGAACGAGCAGACCGAGAGAAUGUGGAUCCGGCUGAAGGGAAUGCAGAAGUACAAAAACACCUCUCAGAGGUUGAGAUGUUUGGUGAAGCAGUUGGAUAAAGGAGAGGUGAAUGUGGUGGAUCUCAGGAAGAAUAUUGAAUAUGCCGCCUCAGUGCUGGAAGCAGUUUAUAUUGAUGAAACACGGCGGCUGCUGGACACCGAGGAUGAGCUCAGUGAUAUCCAGGCCGACUCCGUACCGAUGGAGGUGCGUGAUUGGCUGGCCUCCACCUUUACCAGGAAGAUGGGCGUGGUUCGGCGGCGGCCGGAGGAGAAGCCGCGGUUCCGCAGCAUCGUCCACGCAGUGCAGGCUGGGAUCUUCGUGGAGAGGAUGUACAGAAGGACGUCUAACAUGGCCGGGUUGACGUAUCCUCCAGCUGUGAUUCUGGCUCUGAAGGAUGUGGAUAAAUGGUCUUUCGACGUGUUCACACUUCACGAGGCGAGCAGCGAACACGCCCUGAAGUUCCUGGUGUACGAACUGCUCACCAGAUACGACCUGAUCAACCGCUUCAGGAUACCCGUUUCCUCUCUGGUGGCGUUUGUGGAGGCUCUGGAGGUGGGCUACAGUAAACACAAGAACCCCUACCAUAACCUGACCCACGCUGCCGACGUCACCCAGACCGCUCACUACCUGAUGCUCCACACGGGUGUUAUGCACUGGCUCACCGAACUGGACAUACUGGCCAUGGUGUUCGCUGCUGCUAUACACGACUUCGAACACACCGGGACCACCAACAACUUCCACAUUCAGACCAGGUCAGAGGUGGCUAUUCUCUAUAACGACCGGUCGGUUCUGGAGAAUCACCACGUGAGCGCCGCCUACAGGCUGAUGCAGGAGGACGAGAUGAACAUCCUGGUUAAUCUGAACAAAGACGACUGGAGAGAGCUGCGCACCCUGGUGAUCGAGAUGGUCAUGAGUACGGAUAUGUCCUGCCACUUCCAGCAGAUUAAAACCAUGAGGAACUCACUGCAGCAGCCGGAGGGGAUAGAUAAAGCUAAAGCUCUGUCUCUGAUGCUGCACGCUGCUGAUAUCAGCCACCCGGCUAAAGGCUGGAACCUCCACUACCGCUGGACCCAGGCUCUGAUGGAGGAGUUCUUCAGACAGGGGGAUAAAGAGGAAGAAUUAGGGCUGCCCUUCUCUCCACUGUGUGAUCGAAAAGCUACUAUGAUCGCUCAGUCUCAGAUAGGCUUCAUCGACUUCAUCGUGGAGCCGACGUUCUCUGUGCUGGUGGACACCACAGAGAAGAUCAUCACUCCUCUCAUAGAGGAAGCUUUAAAGUCGGGCGGCUCCAGCGUCCGCAGGUCCAGUCUGACAGGUCGCGGUUCCACUGCGGUGGUGGAGUCGGUUCAGAGACACAGUGAGAGAGACUGCGGUACUGACUACUCUCUCGCCGGCAUCGACCUCAAACGGGUCCGGCACGCGCUGGCCGAGGUCAUCCAGAGCAACAAGGAGCGCUGGAAGGAGCUUUCAGUACAGGAGCUGGCGAGUAAGGAGCGAGAGCAGCGAUUGGACCGUGAGGAAUCUCCACAGAAACCCGGCGUCACUCUGAUCCACAGCAGCCCGACCCGAGCCAAUCACGAGUCAGAGCCGAAGGUUCUGAAUGAACUGAACAGCACACACUCGCUGCACUCCUCCCUGAACUCUAUAGAGCACAGCUCCCGUUCCCCCGGCGACGCCACGCCCGAAGCCACGCCCAAGCCCAGCCCCGACGACCCGCAGCCACCGCUACCCUGGAACGGGAAAACGGCCUGAGGGGGCGGAGCUAUGAGACGGUUCUGAGACCCGCCCCCCCGCCGGGGCGACCGACACUGUGUGGGUGUACUGUGGCCAGUAUGGGUGAUGUACAUAUACACUGUGCCCAUUGUAUCGUAACGCUACUGUAUCCUCCCAACUCCUGAGGGCCAAUCACUCGGCAAACGAGGGAUUUUCUUUUUUCUUUUCUUCAUGUGUCCAUGACAGCGGCCAUCGUCAUGGAAACGGUGGAAUGCGCAUCGUCAUGG